AUGGCUCAAGUAUUCAUAUUGCCAUGGCUAGUCGUUCCCGAGCUUACACUGAGGCCGAGACUGAGAUACAGUCUGUACGCUACCUUUGGUCUUGGUAUCAUCAAUAUCUCAUUUACCAUCGUCCGCUUUGCAUUGAUACAGAAGUACGGAGCAGAUCUGGUUAUCACAAUCACUCUAGUGGAGCUAUGGAGUUUUAUGGAUUCCUGUGUCGGCUUGAUAAUUGCAUGUCUUCCAUCGUUGCGACCCUACUUCAACUGGAAGGAAAAGAUUCAAUAUUACGGAAACUACAGCAAGGAUAGCAAAGCAGACUCGCAGAAGCCAAUCAUGUCAUCAAAUCCCGAUACAGUAGACCAGCCGGCCAAUGCAUAUAUGAGUAUACAGGUGCAACUUGCAUGA